ACCAUGGAAACAUCCCAGGCAGGCGAACGGUUUUCCUUCACCCAAAUCGAUCCGGUUUGGGCGAGGACUCUUUGCACCGCGAUUAAAGCUAAGUUAUUUUAAAUUGAUGUGAUCGAUUGGCGAUCUAACUGGAAAUUCAAUCACGCAAAAUGAAGCGAUAGAAGGAAAUUAAUUUAUUAAUUGUCCUUCGUGAUUAAUUUGCUUUGUUCAGUAGCGCGUCAUAAAUAUUCGUGUAGCAAAUAAUCCCGCUAUUCCUUUGAGGUCUACGUGGAAGGUCCCGAAAGCACCUUCUUGUGACGUUUUGUACUAUUUUUAUCUGGCACAUAUUUAGUCCAGGAUUUUGGAUGAAGGCGGUGUGGCAGCUGCCAGUCACAGUGGAAAACCUGGUCGAAAACCAUAUCGCGUUAAAUAUUUAUCAUUUGUUGACCGAAAGCGAGUGGUGACUCAGAAGGAUUUUCGUUAAACCACGCGAUAACGAAGGUUAUUGGGAGCAAUAACGACUACAAAACAAGAGAACUUUGGCGCGGCAAUCAGUAGAUUCGCAGUUCUCUCAGUGGAAUUUUGUGAAUUUAGCUGCGUUUCAAAAUGGGUUGUUCCGAAGGAUUAGCCAGGAUAUUCGUUUUCGUUACGAAUUUUGCCUUUUUGUUGGUGGGCUUGGCAUUACUAGUGGUGGGCAUCCUAUACAAAGUGAACUACACGAAAUAUACCGAAGCCAUUCCAGAUGACUUAAGUUCAAUACAAUAUGUGCCUACUAUUGCGAUUGUAGUGGGAGCAGUUAUUUUCUUUAUCGCCUUUCUGGGAUGCUGCGGCACACUGAAAAGUAACACCUGCAUGCUUACUUGGUAUGGAGCGAUACUGAUUGUGAUCUUCCUGGUACAAGUGGGCUUGGGAGUGUUCGCUCUCCUCCAGGUUAAGAACGAGACCGAAUUGCAAGCGCAAGUGGAAAAUCAAUUGACUACGAUCUUUGGAAAAAAUGACACUGAGUUGAUCAACUUGAUUCAGCUAAACUUCCAGUGUUGUGGCACAAAUGGUCCAAGCUCUUGGGCGCCGGCGUCCAUUCCCAAGAGUUGCUACUCCACAGUGGACGGCACACUGUUUCAAAAUGGAUGUGUUGACAGCCUAUCGAACUUUUUAACGAGUUCAGUGAAAAUUAUCGGAAUUGUUGCGAUUGCCGUUUCAGCCGUUGAGCUCAUCGGAGCCACACUGGCACUGUGUUUGACUAGCUGCAUCCGAGACAAACGUCGACUUGGAUCCUAUUACUGAGCAAAAAAUUCCACCUACUUCACCUAACACAUUUUUAAGCGUUCCGAAACGCCACUUACACACAUAGACUGAUUUCUAAGAAUAUUUUGUAAAUAGAUUCAAGUGAAUACAUUUUUUACUUACUCGAA